UUUACCCCACAAGCGCCGUUAGAAACAUCUAUGUGAAUCUUUGCUUUAUUUGUCAGCUCAAGCACACGAUCCCAUAAAAAAAAAAAAGCGCCAAGCGACCCCUCCAGAAUGAAGACAAUGUAAAAUGUGGUGCAGUGUGUGUAAAUGGUGAGCCGGUCUUGCCAACGGUCUUGCGACGGAAGCCCCGCGACACGGCUGUCCGCGCGCCGACGGCAAACACCGGCGCGGCCGGAAGUCGGCGCUUUUAAAUGGGAGGGAGGCGGCAACGGAUCUAGACGUGUAACCGACUGCGGAGCUCCUUGGCAACCGAGCAGUCCCUCGUUUGCAUUUUAAUCCGAACGUCGUCGGGACCCGCGGCUGGGCAGCCGGCAGGUUGUCGCCACCAUGGGCUCCAAGGCGGAGCAGCUGCUCGUCGUGCUGUCCGUUGUGGAAGGCCGCCAGUUCCCCAGGAGGCCUCGCCAUGAGCUCGUGGUACAGGCUAAGUUUGACGGAGAGCAGCUGGCCACGGACCCUGUGGAACAUAUCGAGCAGCCGCAGUUCUGCACCGAGCUCGCCUGGGAGCUGGACCGCAAGACCCUCCAGCAGCACAGACUCCAGCGCACUCCCAUCAAAGUGCAGUGCUUCGCUGUGAACUCAGCCACAUCUGCCCGUGAGCUAGUGGGGUACAUCAUCCUUGACCUGAGAUCAGUUCAGGAAGUCAAAAAGGCCCCUAAAUGGCAUCCUUUGCUGAACAGCAAGUACACCAAGCUAAAGCCUGCUAUUCUGCUCAGCCUUGUCCUUGAGAAUGACUCGAAAGAGGCACCUGAACAGGUCAAGGCUAAAGAUGCUCCACGAAGGCAAGGUGAGACCAUAGAGGGCUCACCUUUGUUGCCAAGUAUGGGGUCUGGCAAACUAGAUGUGGUUCUCAGAGAAGAUGAGGGUUAUCACCAAAUUGGACCCCCAGACUGUUGUACAGACUUCUUUGUUCUGUCUGUCACUGUGGCUUUUGCUACCAACCUGGAACAGCUUAUCCCCUGCACCAUGAGGCUGUCUCUGGAGAGCCCCCACUUCUUCUUCUACUACACCCUGCUGGGCAACGAUAUCACCAGUGAGCCCUUUGAAACCCUCAUCAGCCCAAGCUUUGAGCCUGAGCGGGCCUCUGUGCGGGUUCGCAGCAGCGUCCAGGUGUUCCGGGCCUACCUGAGCCAGCAACCCAACUUACAGAUCCACCUGUGUUGUGGGAACAGUUCACUGGGCAGUGCUGAGAUACCCUUGGCCAACCUUGUAAAAGCUGGGGUUGACCUGGAGAAGCAGCCUGCCACUGUGGAGGGAGCGUUUGUCCUGGUGCCCCUGAGUGAGGCCAAACACAAUCAGCUCUCCAUACCAGCCGACCUGCAGCCCAAAGUUGGGGUGUCCAUCACAGUGCGGAGAGAGGGCAUUGAUACAGAGGUGGGAAGUCCUUGUCUGCAACGUGGAGGGGGGCAACACACCCCAGUGAAGAAGGGGACUCAGUCACCCAGGUUUCCAGGAUCUCCAGUGGGAGAGCAAAAGCCACGCCCAGUAUCACCAUCCUGCUGUUCCCCUAUCCCUUUGGUACACCCCCCUACUGAGAGCAAGUCCAACAACUUCUUGGAACACCCUGAGCUGGCCCUACCCACCUCGCCAGCACCGGGUCCAUCUGUUCCAAGUGCUACUCAGAUCCAGACUGAGCCAGAGCCACCCACUUCCUCAGUCGGCAUCUCUUUACCCAAAAUCAGUAUCCCAGCUUCAGCACACCACUACUACUUUUCCAUGGACCUGAGGAGCAUUCAGGGCAUGGAUGUGGGUUUCUCUGCUAAAUGUAUUCUCAGAUACUCUUACCAAUUUUUUGGGAAUGUGAGCCCUAUCACCACUUGUCCACCAGUGGAGGUCAAGAAGAAUGUAGAGGUCCUGCUUCCCAAGUCCUACUGUGCCUUUGAGUUUGCUGCACUUCCUCACCAAAUGCAGGAGACCUUUCUCAGGAUGCCUUUAGUGGUGGAGGUUUUGCACAGAGAUGCCAAUGCUGAGGACCUUCUGCUGGGAACAGCCAGUGUGCAGCUCUCCCACCUCCUUACUGCGGAAAAGACCCGCUUUGUGGGACAGUUUGGCCAGGAGCACUGGAAGCAGAGCUUUUCAGAGACAAUCCCUGUUGUGCGGGCCAGAGGGCCAAACGAUAAAGUGGCUGAUCUGAACUAUGUCACCACCCUGGAGGACUUGGGUCUGGUCAGAGUUCAAGAUGUCCUCGUGUCAGAGUCCAUGCAGAGUGGAAAUCUUGGGAUGCCGAAGUCAGACGGUGCCCCGGGACAGCCCCCCAGCGCUGUGGUGGCCCCCACAGAGCUUCGGGAGACAAUGGAGUACAAGGUGGCUAUGGAGCUGGAGGCAUGGAAAGAGCUACAGGAGGACCUGUUUGAUAGCCAGCUGAAACAAAAGGAGUUGAGGCAUAUGCAAGAGCUUCUGGAGGAGACUAGGCGGCGGGACAGGGAGCGGGAGGCUCUUGUUAAGAAAAAGGAAGUGGAGUACACUCUGCUAGAGGAGCAAGUUCAGAAGACCCUAGCUGACCUGGAGAAGAGGGAGAAACAGUUGGCACAUGCAGAGAUGGAGAUGCAGCGGCUGCAGAAGGAGCUCAAGGCCAAGCAUGAGCUGAGCAUGCGUGAGGUACAGGAGAGCAGCCGCCGACUCCGUGAGGACUGCCUCCAUCAGGUGGAACUAGAGAGGUCAAAGGUCAGGCUUCUGGAGGAAGAGCGCUCCCGACUGCAACAACAGAUCCGUGAGGCGGACACCAAGUACAAGCAGUUGGAGAAGGAGUUCCAGCUGUACCGUGAGCAGCAGAACACCAAGCCUGAGGUCCGGCUACAGUCAGAGAUUAACCUGCUCAGCCUGGAGAAGGUGGAACUCGAAAGGAAGCUGGAAUCAACCACAAAGUCCAAACUGCAUUACAAGCAGCAGUGGGGACGUGCUUUGAAAGAGCUUGCCAGGUUUAAACAGAGGGAGCAGGAGGCGGCCAUGAUGCGGCUGAAGAAGCAGCAGCAGGAACUGGAGCACAUGCGACUCCGCUACCUCGCUGCAGAGGAGAAGGAAACUGUGAAGAGCGAAAAGCAGCAGCUUGAGGACAUCAGGAAUGAGCUCAACCGGUUAAAGCAGCAGGAGGACAAGCGGCCACCGAUGGAGUUGCCACAGGAGCCGUCGCUGAGCGAAAGCACGGAUGACCACCUGAGCCGCCUGCUGGAAGAGAGGGACACGCUGUUGCGGACAGGCGUGUACACACAUGAGGACCGCAUCAUCGCCGAGCUCAAUCGGCAGAUCCAGGAGGCCAUGAGUCGCCGCCCUGCCCGCUGAUCCUGGCCGCAUUGCAGCAGCUCAAUCGACAGCAAUACCAACCAACACAUGUCCAGUACCGGGAAUGACGGGUGUUCCUUCUCAAGUAUUACACCACACAAAUGCUUUGUGUCAGUAGUCCCGGUUUACUGUGUUUAAAGUAGGUAUGUGGUGAAGUGACACCGACGGGACACAUUCACAGGAGGAUCUCCACUUGUCAGCCUCAGCUGAGAGGUGGAACAGCAGCACUUGAUUCGACCGUGAGUCCAACAGCACCUCAACAACUAAAUUUUUAAUCUGUAUUCCCUCCUGGAGGUCUGUAUUUCUCUGUGUGCAUGAGUGUACAAAACACAUUGUCCUGUCCUCCUUACAAGCCCCAGUGUCACCUUGUGUACACUGGUCCAGCCAUCACACUGAAUUUUGAAUUUAGUGUUGGAAUUUAUUUCUGCUCUGGAAAUAUUUGAACUAUGAAUAUGAGGACUCAAUAUGUUGUGUGAAACGGGUGAAUAAAAGUGUUUUUAUUCUAGAUCUUAUCAAGUGAGUGCUGUAGGUGUGCAGUCACCAGAUGGCACUCUUACGAAAGAUAAUGUCCCCGGUACUGCCCUCUGUCAAGCUAAAAGUAAGACUGACAUGGUAUGUUUGUUUUAUUUCUGUAGUUAAAGUCCAUUUUGUAAGAUUUGUAUUGAU